AUGGAAAAGAACCAAUCCCGAGUGAUCACGGAUCAGCCAAGAGGCGCAAACAUUACCACUAGAAUUAGAGUUCAAGAGAAACCUAUUGUUUACCUUAAUGUCCCGGAUCAGCAAGAGGCCGUCGUGCCUGAACCUAUUGCGCCGAUUGUGCAGCCUCAGCAAUGGGCCAUUGUGCAUGUUCCGAUUCAUCAGGAGCCACCUCCAGAGGCUGAGCCGGCGUUUUCCUCAACUGUUUUUGUCAGCAACCUCAACCUUGACGAGGAGACCGCUCGCGAGACAGUGGAGUCUCUCUUCAAUGGAAAUUUAGAAAUCCGAUUAAUAAGAAAUGCUGCUGGUGAAUUUAGAGGAUGGUGCCACGUGGUGUUUGCUACUCCAGAAGCUGCAUAA